CAGAGGGAGUUAGAGGAAGAUCAGCUCAAGCUGAGGAGCUCCACACUGCACACACAGGAGCAGGAGCAGGAGCAGGCGCAGGCUGGCCGCGGGGUAAAACCUCUCAAUGCGUACACACACUUAAGGUAAUCACAACAAUUUGAUGAUCGGGUCGGAAUGCUGGACUCUGCUAUGGGCUGCUGAAGGAGCCGACGCUUGCUGGAUAGUCUGAUGAAACUCAUCUGAUGAAUUGUAGUCGAAGGACAGAUUUCUGAAACAUUUGCAUCUGUUUUCUGAACACAUAUAAGUGUUAAAAAAAACUUUGGGGUCUUCCUACCGACCAAGUUGCAGGGACACUGCGGAUUAUACGUUCAUCCAAAAAAAAAAAAGUAAGAAGAAGAAGAACAAGAGGCGAGAGCACACAAGGAAGGUAACUGGUUCCGGUCAGUUUCCGGUCUGUUUCCGGUGAGGUUUACCUGCUGAGAGCAUGAGCCAGGCGGACGUGAGCUGCUCGGCGCGUCAACGCGUCUUCCAGGAAGCCUUGCGCAAAGGCAACACGGCGGAGCUGCACUCUUUGCUGCGCGGCAUGACCAACUGCGAGUUCAACGUGAACUCGUUUGGGCCCGAGGGUCAGACUGCGCUGCACCAGUCCGUCAUUGACGGAAACCUCGAGCUCGUCAAGUUGUUGGUGAAGUUCGGCGCUGAUGUGCGCUUGGCAAACCGGGAUGGCUGGAGCGCGCUGCACAUGGCGGCUUUCGGAGGCCACCAGGACAUCGCUCUCUACCUCAUCACGAGGGCCAAGUACUCAUCCGGAGCACUCUGAGAGAAAGAAGAACAUGCAGAGAAAAGCCGGACAUUAGAGCAGGUUUCACUUAAACCUGGUCCUGGAGUGAAGCCCUAAUCUAGAGCCAUGCGAUAAAUCGCUCUAGAUUAGGGCUUCAUAUGCAAUCCUAGCUUUUGCCCAGUUCGGAUUAACCGUUUAUACGCUGAUCUAAACAAAAAAAUCGAAUCUAGCUACUAUGAAAGCAUGCAGAAUAUCAAGCAAUGAUAAUUUGGUAACUCUAAAUAUAUAUAUAUAUGUCAACGCCAUUACAACAGAUGAAUCUAUCAGAUGGUUAUUUUAAUCUGAGCAGCAUCUGGUAAGGCCGGAUGCAGCAUUCAAAUGAAAACUUUAGAAAGUCACUAAACCAUCUUGUGCCAUCAUAAACCAAGAUAAACCAUGUCAGAUCAGUGAUUCCCCAAUGUGUGUUUUAUUUUUUUUAUUUUUUUUAAAUCUAUUGUGAUUACAAAAUAUAGCAAUAUGUGUUUUUUUCAAUAUCAUGGAGUCUUACCCUGCACAUUUGUGUUCUCUCUGCUCUGCUGCACUCAUUUUAACCUCAUUACGGCUCUUUCAAUAGCUGGUGAGCUGAGUCGGGUGUGAAUACACACCAAAACAUGCAGUUCCUGAAAACACCAGGACCAGGAUUGUGAAACUGCCAUAAGUUUAUCGCAUUUGACAACUUUUUGUGCCAAAGUCAAAGACCGAUUAUUGGUGAUGUGGUGUGGCAUGGAUUCAAGUCCAAAAUGCAGACGGUGUUGGGUUGGUACAAUGUCAAAGAUGUGGUUUGUGAACAAUGAAUACAGUUUAUAUUAUCCAUUUAAACAGUGCAUGAUUAUAGAUUACCUUCUGAUUAUAUUCUACUCACAGAUUGCUGACACUGAGAUACAAUGACAUAGCUGGAUUGAUAUCUACAUUUUAAACAGGUUCUUUCCUUUUUUUAUGGCAGGAAUGGUUAUUAGUUGAUUUGAUGCAUAAAGGUUUAUGACUUUGUCAGGAUUCUUACCUCAAAAUUAGUGUGAAGGUAUUCACACAGUAAAAAGUUCAGGAUCUCCAGCGAAAUAUGCAUUUGUUCCAUGGUUUUAAAAGGCAAUGGAAGCCUCAGCUUAUAAAACAAUAUACACUUCUGAUAUAUUUUUUAACAUUUUUGGACAUGCCUAAAUUUCAUACAAAAUAAAUACAAUUAUAUCACAUUUAAAUUCACGCCAAUGGGAGAUUUAAUGGCUUAAGCUACCUAAUUGUGAAAUGAGGAACGUCUAGAUCUUUUCUGGGCCAAGCCUGUCACCAUUAUUGUUUUAACCUGUAUUCAUUUUUGGCUGCUCACUCAAUGUAACUUAUUAGCUUCAACCUUAUGAAGUUGAGCAGAUUCACAGAAUCAUGCUGUAUUAUGGAUGUCUAUACAAUGCACUGCAUAUUGAAGGCCUGUCUUUUGCCCAAUUUCACUGCCAAUGCUGGAAAACUGUUUAAAGGGUUGUGAGAAAACACUGAUUAAGUAUCAUUCAAAGCCAGAAUAGAAAUAUGCAUCAUUUAUACUUGAGAAUGUUUUAAACUAUUGCACUGAUGGCUGUUUUAUGAACAGUUGGUGUCACAACCAACUUUGAAAGAUACUAUUUUUCUAAAUGGAAAAAAAAAAUCAUAUUGUAUGGAAGCUCCACGAUAGAUUAGUCUUCUCUCACUUUUGGCAAAGACCUUUAAAUGUCUGUAGAUGUUGAAUUUAGAACUUUGUAAAGCACUUUACUUGGUGUUCCUCCUUGCACAAUAUGAAACACAUGUCACAGAAACGUGACAUUGUUUAAAUAUCUGAGCAAUUUCAACAUCGGAUAAGCGGUAGAAAAAGAGUGAGUGAGUGAGCAAUUUCAACACUCAAUGUGAUGAUUUCUUUUCAUGGAAGAACAUUCAGGUAAAGUGUUCAAUAAUUCUUGGAGCACUUCUUCAUAGAAGUCCCGUCCUCCUCUUUUUAAGGGGGGCGUUACAUGGUAAAAUCAGUGUAGCGCAACGUUACACAAUGCACAAGUCUUUACUUGAUAAUGCCAUAACAUUUAUGACAUGAGAGUAAAAAAUACCAUCCUUGGUUGAGAUAAAUGUCAAAUGACUGUGAUAUUAUUGGACCAACUUUUUUGGGAUUCUUAUUUUCUGCAAAGAGAAGUUCAGAAAAAGAGACCAAACCACUGAUCUCUUGUUAUGCUUUUGUGGAUUGUUUGUUUUUGUUGUUUUCUGUCUGUUUAGAAGGUUUGUUCUUAAUGUUUUAAAUGGUGUAAGUGGACAUUUUGAAAGAUAUUACAUGUUGUAUUUGUAUCUUUGUACAAAAGCCUUUUUAAAAUAUUAAAUUCUGCUUUUUUAAAA